AUGGAGAGGCGGAAUGAGGACAAGCGUGAGCUGUCAGAACAAUCUGACAGCCGUACCUCCGCAGUUGGUAUUUCCAAAGAAUCUCAGAACAGGGAUGCUGGAAAAUCAAAGCUGCCACAUGAGGUCAAUCGUAUACUAGCUGCUUGCGAGGAUCCCCACGAUCUAGAUCUCUUGAUCAGACUGGCAACUUCUACCGGUGGCUUGAUCAACGACGAGGUACGGAAGGUGGUCUGGCCACUUUUGCUGGGCUACAGAAGCGAAGAGUCCGAGCUCACCGGCUCUGCUCGCUACCCGCUGGAUCUGCCAAUCCAUAAAGAUGAAGAUCAAGUCGAGCUUGAUGUGAACCGGUCUUUCAUCUACUACCCGAAAGACGAAUCGGAAAGGCAGCUUGAUCGACGGAAACGCGAGCUUUCGUCGGUGAUCAUUCAAGUCUUGAGGGAACAUCCGAUGCUUUCCUACUUUCAAGGAUUCCACGAUAUCGUUCAGGUCUUUCUACUCGUUCUUGGUGUCGAUCGAGCGCCCACAGCUGUCGCUCAUAUCUCACUCUUACGUAUUCGUGAUUUCAUGCUGCCUUCGCUCUCGGCAUCCCUUGCACAUCUGAACCUACUGCCGACCAUCCUCUACGCUGUGGAUCCGAAGCUCUGCCUCCAUUUGUCACAGACGCGGCCGUUCUUCGCCUUGGCGGCUACACUUACUUUGUACGCUCAUGACAUUCAGGAGUAUGGUGACAUAGCUCGACUGUUUGACUUUUUGAUCGCGCAACCAGCUGUUGUCUCCAUCUACUUCUUUGCCGUUAUCAUACUCUCGCGCCGCGAUGAACUGUUUGAGAUCCCUGCGGAAGAACCCGAGAUGCUUCAUUCGGUCCUGUCCAAGCUACCCAAGCCUCUGAACUUGGAAGCUCUGAUCUCCCGGGCGAUGACGCUAUUUGAGGGGCAUCCUCCGGAAAGUCUGCCGUUAAGAGCUUGGGCGAAGAUCUCAGUUUACAGCGUCCUAAAAACCACAAGAGAAUCUGUCAGAAACCAGACUCUCGAGGACGGCGAAGACCUGUUCGAAUACCAGGCAUUACAGCUACGGAGAGAAGAGUUGCAGAAACGAGCAAUGGCAACUAUAUGGAAAUACAGACGUUCUGCUAGUCGAAUGGGGUUGGCAUUCUUGGUCGGUAUCUUUUCGAUAUGGUUUAGCAGAAGAGUAGGACUGGAUCCCAGUUUUGGUCUAAAGAAGAUAUUGGAAGUCUUCAGGAAGUUUCGUUGGAAACUGUGA